UUCGGCCCACGCGGGUCUCCCGGCAACGGGCGCGGGUGGGGGUGGGGCCGGCACUUUCCACGGGUGCCGAACCGUGCGAGCGGCCGCGGCGCGGCGGGGCUGUCCUGUGCUCUCCGCCGCCUCGCUGCCCGCCCGCCUCUCGCCCCCCGCAGCGCACCGACCCGCGGCCAGACGGGGGAUGCGCACCCCGCCCGCCCCCGGGGGCCAGGGCAGUGAGGUGCCAGACCCCACCUUUGCUGAUGGCGAGCUCCUCCCCAGGGAGCCCGGCUUCUUUCCCGAGGACGAGGAGGAGGCUAUGACGCUGGCCCCGCCCGAGGGCCCCCUGGAGUCAGACAUGGACAGCCCCGUGGACAGCACCCGGAGCUUGGAGGGGUUGGUCGGGAAUCCCGCCGAGGAGAAAGAUGGGGGGCUCGUGGGCCUGUUCCUGCCGGAGGACAAGUCCCUGGUCCACACUCCGUCCAUGACGACGUCGGACCUCUCCACCCACUCCACCACCUCGCUCCUCAGCAACGAGGAGCAGUUUGAAGACUACGGGGAGGGGGAUGACGUGGACUGUGCCCCCAGCAGCCCCUGCCCCGACGACGAGACCAGGACCAACGUCUACUCGGACCUGGGCUCUUCAGUGUCUUCCAGCGCGGGGCAGACCCCUAGGAAAAUGCGGCGCAUGUACAACAGCGAGUUGCUGGAUGUUUACUGCUCUCAGUGCUGCAGGAAGAUCAACCUGCUGAACGACUUGGAAGCCCGACUGAAAAACCUGAAGGCCAACAGCCCUAACCGAAAGAUCUCCAGCACGGCCUUUGGACGGCAGCUCAUGCACAGCAGCAACUUCAGCAGCAGUAACGGCAGCACCGAGGACCUGUUCCGGGACAGCAUUGACUCCUGUGACAAUGACAUCACGGAGAAGGUGAGCUUCCUGGAAAAAAAGGUGACGGAACUGGAGAAUGACAGCCUGACCAAUGGGGACCUGAAAAGCAAGCUGAAGCAGGAGAACACACAGCUGGUGCACAGGGUGCACGAGCUGGAGGAGAUGGUGAAGGAUCAGGAGACCACGGCCGAGCAGGCCCUGGAGGAGGAGGUGCGGCGGCACCGAGAGGCCUACAGCAAGCUGGAGAGGGAGAAGAGCACCGAGAUCGAGCUGCUCAACACCAGGGUGCAGCAAUUAGAGGAAGAAAAUACCGAGCUGAGAACGACAGUGACUCGGCUCAAGUCACAAACUGAGAAAUUGGAUGAGGAGCGGCAGCGCGUGUCUGACCGGUUGGAGGACACCAGCCUGCGGCUCAAGGAUGAGAUGGACCUGUACAAGCGCAUGAUGGACAAGCUGCGGCAGAACCGCCUCGAGUUCCAAAAGGAGCGGGAGGCGACGCAGGAGCUCAUCGAGGACUUGCGGAAGGAGCUGGAGCACCUGCAGAUGUACAAGCUGGACUGCGAGCGGCCGGGCAGGGGCCGCGGCUCAUCCUCGGGCCUGGGCGAGUUCAACGCCAGGGCCCGCGAGGUGGAGCUAGAGCAUGAAGUCAAGCGGCUCAAGCAGGAGAACCAUAAGCUGCGGGAUCAGAACGACGACUUGAAUGGACAGAUCUUGAGCCUCAGCCUCUACGAAGCCAAGAACCUGUUUGCCACCCAGACCAAAGCCCAGUCUCUGGCUGCGGAAAUAGACACAGCCUCUCGCGAUGAGCUCAUGGAAGCCCUAAGGGAGCAGGAGGAGAUCAACUUCCGGCUGAGGCAGUACAUGGACAAGAUUAUCCUCGCCAUCCUGGACCACAACCCCUCCAUCCUCGAGAUCAAACACUGAGACAAGGGGGCCAGCUGCAGAGCAGCCUCGGGACCCCCAGACUCCCCGGACCCCAGGACCAAGGGGCAGACCCUGUCUGAGGAUGAGGCCCAGGCUGGGCCUCACACACACACUGUAAAUGUAUCUCUAGCCACCAUGUCACGUGUGCUGGUGUGUAUGUGGGGAGGCCGUGCACACAGCAAGGGGUGAGCGUGCGGCCAUGGCUGUAGGGGACAUCUGCACGGGUCACUGUCCAUGCACUUUGUGGUCCCUUUGCAGGGGGCAGAGGGUCCUGGAGGUGGGAGGAGACCAGGUCUGCCAUCAAGAGUUACUGUAAUAAUAAGAACUGGAAGCUUGUGUUUCAGGUACUGGAUAAAAUGAUUCUACCUCUGGGGAGAAGGAUUAAGAAAUACUCUGGUGAGACAGGCUCUUUCCCCCCCAGCCCUCUUCCCCUGGGACUGGGAGCAAAAUUAUGAUCUUUUCUAGGAGUUCGAAUGCCCAACAGCUGUGUCCUUGCUGACCUCUUUUGCCCCCAUUCAAGCCCAGGUGCUCAAGCUCAGAGAGGAGGAAGGGGCCCUCACGAGCCUCCUCCCCACUGGCAGCCCCUGUGAUGCUUGUGCCCUGUGUGUCCUAAGGACCCGGGCCUGCAGAGGAGCCAGCACGGGGCGGCUUUCAUUCCGAGAGUUCCUGGCAUUUUCAGAGUUCUCCGUACACUUCCCCAGCCCUGCUUCCCUACCUCUCCCUUCCUGGUUUUGUUUUGUUUUUAAGACAAUGGAAAAUAAGCGGCACUCACUUGGGUAUAAAAUGAAGGGAUUAAAAGGAAGGAGAAGAGGGCUGGGGGACGGGGGUGUCUAAGGCACGUGUGGCAUCGGGCAACCAAAGACAUGAUUUGGGGGAGGAGCACGCGCACAUCUCCAUCCUCCUUCCCCAUGGCUGUGUUAUGAGAGACAGGCACGGGUGGAGGGUCUCGAGGGCUUCCUCGGACUGAGAGUGGGCCUUGCUCACCAGCCCCUGUUCUCUGCACGGCCUGGUGAUGGCAGGCUGGGGGUUGGAUGUUCAGAAUUGGAGCUCUGGGCUCGGCUUGGCUCGGUGGUGAGGCCCCUGCGUUCCAGCUUUCAGCAACACCCCUAUAUCUCCACCAGGGGGAUCAGCGCUGUACUGGUGGGCGACAGUGGGGGAAGUCGCAGGAAAACCUUAGUCUUCCAUCUGGGUGACAGGGGGUGGAAACCCACUCUGGAUUUUUAAUGUGAUCUUCUGUUCCGGGCAGCUGGGAGUAGAUAUGGUACUUUUAGUUUUCCAGUUUGUGUCAAUUUCAUGUGGCUUGUGAUUCGUUGCCUUAAUCCAGAUUCAUAUAAACGUGUGUAGUCUUACUUUUUUCCCCUGCAGUUUCUUGUUUUCUUCAGUACUUCUGAUGUAAAAAGGAAAGUCUGGGCAUGUUGGGGAGAGGCAUGGAGGGGUGUAGGCAGAGAGGAGAGGGUGGCAGAGGGUGCAGAGGGGCUCUGGGGACUUAGGUGUGUUCCCGGCUCUCAAAGGCGGGGCCGUGGCCAGAACUGCUCUUCAUUCCACCCCAGUCAGCCUGUCUGUUGGUUGGAUUUCGUGAUUUCUUUUUGAGCAUACGCAUGGAAUUGUUUCAUGCUGCAAAUAAUGGGGCUGCAUUGGUCUAAUCCAGGACUUUGGGGCGACCCACCCCAGCAAGACUAGGGCAAGGGUCAGUCUUCUGGGAGUCUCUCAGCUCCUUAGGACACUGGACCCUUAGGCUCCCCCAAGGGUCUGAGAAGCAGCAGCAGUGGAAGGCAGGCAUGAGGAGUGGGUCUCUUGAGAAUUUGCUCAUAGGAAGGAGUGACCACGAAUUAGAGGAAAGGAAAGAGGACAAAUCAGGAUGUGGCUUAGGUCUGGGUUUUACAUCAGGAGUCCUGCAGGAAGGCCAGGCAGACCGGGGCCUGGUCUGCGGGGGGCUCGCCCCAGGGUUGAGCCGUCUAUAUGUAAAACUUUACGUGCUCUUUAGCUGCACUGAUGUGGAAUUCCAGAGGAGGCCGCAGAGGCCUGAGUUACCGAGUCACAAAGUGGGAAGGAAUUUCUGCCGUGGGGAAGGCGGGCAGCAGAAGCUGGCAGCCUGCAGCGUUCUGCCGCCUCCGCCCUGAAGGGGGUGCCACAGGGACGGACUUGUGGAAGCACCCAGUCUGAAAGGCCUCUCAGGACCCGGUGCAGUGCGUGGGGUCUCUGGUAGAGGGCUGACUUUAUAAUGGGACUGAAUUCCAUGUCACACACGCCUCAAGUUAAACCCAACAUUUUUACUUCAGCUGGAAUACAUCUUAUAAAGUCUGUCCAAUUGGCUUUUUAAGAUCAUCUAGCUUUUUUCAAUGCUCUUCUGAGUUGAAAGCUAGCCUGAGGGGGCAGAUACCCCAGGGUCCCAACCCACAGCCCUGGGCAGGUUCCAGAGCUGUCCUGACUCUGGGCGCAGGUGGGGCCGACCGUGCUCUCUUGCGUGUUUUCUGCCUCCUCUGUUUGUUUCCAGUUGAGAUUUCUGCCCUUCUCCCUCGGUAGUGGGGCUGCUGGAUAGUAUACAGGAUGCCCAGGGAAAUUUGAAUUUCAGAUAGACAACAAAUAAUUUUUAGUAGAAGUAUGUUCCAUGCAAUACUUGGGACAUAUUUAAAAUGGAGAGAUUUUUAAAAUUCUGAUAACUGGGCCGAAUUCCCAGAGGUUCUGAUUUCAUUGGUGUGGGGUGUGGCCCAGGCAUGGGAAUGUUUUAAGACCUCCGCAGGUGAUUGUAAUUUAACUGGGUGUCCUGUGUGGGUUUUGUUUUUUGUUUUUGCUAAACCUGGCACCUCUACCAAGUAAGGAUCAGCAGUAACUUGUCUGAAGUUCAGAGGUGUUUCGGGGGCCCUGGGGAGGGAGUUCUGCAGCAGACUCACAUUUGAUGUGACACUGGGCUCUCCUCGAAUUCAAUCGGAAGCCAAACAAAAUUCGCUAAACCAGCGAGUGAGUUUUAUACACAGUAUCUACUAGAAAAGGGAGCAUCUUCUGGUUUAGCCAGGCCCUAUUCUGUAGGAAGGUAUAAGAAAUAAAGUUCUAGUAAAAAAAGUUUUUUUUAAAUUUUGAAUUGGCCAGAGUUAGACACGUCAUUUUAUUUUAAAUUUGUAGAUUCUUUGAGAAUUGUCAGAGGGAAAUUUCUUUAUCUUUAUUUUAUUUCUGACCUAUUAAAAAUGCAAAGCUCAAAAACCUCUCAGAGCACUUGGACCUGAAACAGUGGUUCUCAACUUGGGCUGUGCAUUGGAAGCAUCUGGGGAGAUUUCAAAACUUCCACUGGCUGGGCUCACCCCCCAGAGAUUCGGAUUUAAUUGUCGUGGGUGUGGCCCAGGCACCCAGGUGUUUGGAGAGCCCCCCCCCCGCCCCCGUGAUGCUAAUGUGCAGCUCAUGGUGGUGACCCCCAUCCUAGAAGGUUGCUGGCCAGAGGUAGAGAAGACGGGCGGAAACGGCUGCUGGAUUUGUUAAUCCAGGUGCUGGGUAACAGCCAGUUCUCCUGCUGGGGUGUCGGUGGCUUUUCCUGUUGUGAUGUUGGUGGCUUUUCCUGUUAUGAUGUUGGAUGGUAAGAAGUUAGCAGAUCCCUCCCUCCUAGGAUGGGAGGCCAGAUGUCUUCAGGAGCUGGUGGAUCCAGCCUGAGUGGGCAGGUCUCUGCCUGGGGCCCAUGGUGUCAGUGGGCGGCGCGUGUUGGGAUGUAUGAGCCACCGGCGCGUUACAGAGUGGGAGUAGAACAGAGUGGGUGGGGGCUGACAGCAGGGCUGUCUCCCUGAAAGCAGCCUCAGAAACAGCAGUCAUCUAGUCGCAAACUUGGCAGGAGGGGACACUGGCCUUGUGGGCCUCUGAUCUGUUUUCGGGCUGGGUGGAUGAGGGUCACCGCAGCUCCUCUGCUGUUAGUAGCCAAACCAGCAUUCCCGCCCACUCCCUGGAGGCUCCAGGCGCUAGUCCACUGACGAGUCCGAUUUCUGCCCCGGCCAUUUCUGGUGGUCAGGAGGGCACAGUGUGGGCUCUUUUGUUCCAAUGAGGGACUUAAUAACUGGCAAAGGCCUCCAGGGGCCAGUGUGGGACCUGGUGGAUCCGGCGGAAAUUAAGCCCCCUUUUUGUGCUCUGUGGGUAUGUGUUUAAUGCAUUAGCAAAUUUAAACCUGAACACUAACUUUGGAUGUGAUGGGAACAGGGCAAGUUUUUGGGUGGUCACCAUGCGAAGGAAAUGACUGUUGGCCCAGCAGGUCUAGAGGGGCUCUUUUAAAGGUCUAGAUUUAGAUCGAGGGGAGGGACCAUUCAGGAUUUCUCUGCUGGCAGUGCCCCAGCCUCUCCUCCUUUGGGACUAGGGCAGCCCCUCCAAGGUGAUGCUUCAGCUGGUGAGACUGAGGUGUGCCUGCUGGGGGGCCUCAGGCUAUAGAGAGGCUGCGGCCUCCUUGGUGACUCUGAGCAAGUCCCUUCCCUCCGCUGACCCCAGGGACCUCCGGGUCCUGCUGUCCUGCUCUGAAGGUGCAUGAAAGGCCAGGGAGCCGGAGAGGCCGGAACCCUGGGUCUGCCAUACCUGCGUGGCAGGACAACUCUUGAGGCCCUUCAGCCACACUCUCUGCUGCCUACCUGGGAAAAUAGGCUGCUUUCCAGAGAGGCUUGUUUCUAAACGCGUGGAUCCUGGCAAAGCGUGACACCACAUGACGACCUUCUAGGCUCCUUCUCUUUCCUUGUGACUGUAACAGAGGGAAGUCAGCCCCGAGCCACCAGCAGAGGGGUGGCCGGGAAUGCAUCCCAGGGCCAACCCUGCAAGAUCUCAGUGCUGUUGUCCCAGGGAGACCAUGCCUCCUCCCGGGACCCUCUGCUUUGCUGUGCUGCACAGGCUGUUUCAUCUGCAUGGUUUGGGGUCGUUAUCCUUGUGCCUUUUCUUCCCUGUCACCACUGUACAGGAUUUCCACGUCACCACUGCCUCCCUUUCUACAGCCUCUCCUUUACCCUGGCCCUUCCUGAGCCCUGUAAAUGUGUACAUAGCGUCCCCUUGGUGUCCACGUGCCUCCACCAUGUAGGGUCUGCUCCCCGGCCAGAUCUCCCAGCACGCUUACCCCUGGGGUCGGCCUCCGCUUCCCCUGUGCUUGUCAGCCAUGCAGUCUUGGUAACUCGGUACAGAACUUUUUCACUAUGGUCUUAAGCUUGGGGGCCUCAGACCCACUUAGUCCCUCGUCCAGCCUGCAGCUAGUUUAGGCACACCAGAAAAGGGUAACUUUGUGUAAAGUAACUUCUCCCACAAACCUCUUCCUGCAUUGGCGUGAAUAUCGAUAGAAAGCAGAGUGCACCUUUCUAACCUAGGGUGCCAGUCAUGGGUCUGCAGCAGCUCUGUGGGCCCCUUGGAGGAUGCACCCCCGGCCCCCAGAAGAAGUUCCAGCUCUGUGGCUCCCAGGGCUUGGCAUUGGGCCUGGGUUCAGGGCCACCACCAUCUGAUGUCUAGAACAGCUUCAGACCCCAAGUAGGGAGAUGGAAGAGGCUUCCCGCUGCUGGCCCUGCCUGCUGUUAACAACUGCCAAGCUCUUCCUCGUCUGCCGAAGGUGCUCAGACCCGGGUGCCAUUAAAUACCGGACGAUGGCAGGACUGCCAUGGGACCAUGCGUUGCUGAGGACUCGCUCACAGCCCGCUGGCUGCCCUUGUCCCAGCUCCUCCUGCUUUCUUGGCUGGGUCUCCGGGGCCCGGAUGAAAUAAGCUGUACACAUGGCCUCAUGCCCAAGGAUUUGCUAGUGGCUUUUACUCUCCAGGAUUCCACUUGAGUCUUGUACCCCAGGAGCUUCCAUCAGGAAGCAGGCUUAGCAUUGGGGCUGGGAUGAGACUUCCACCUCCAGGCGCCAGGGUGGUGAGAGUGGGGUGAGGCCCCAAGACUGCAUCCCAGGGUCCCCAUCUCGCCACCUCCAGCCUGCUUCUAGCCAAAAAGGAGCAGGCUCUCAGAGGCAGGCUUCUUCGGGAACUCUCAUGUACAGACCAAGGUGUAAAUAAACAGUUUGGUUUUCUUGCCUGA